AUGAAGCUCCAAUCUAUUGUUACGUUUAUGACCGCCAGUUUGGCUUCUGUAAUUUACACUCAAGCGUGCUUUGUUUUUACCAAGGGUAGCUAUGUACAUACACUUGGUGCUCCGGGAGGUGGGUGUUUUGGUACCGAUCCGGGUGACAUUAUAACUGAAUCUUCUACCGACCCUCCUAAAGGUGUUCUCUACACUUUUUAUUCUGAUUUCAACUGCCAAGGAGCACUUUUUAGUGGUACAGGCUCCAAUAAGUUUGAUCCAGGCCUAAAAAUCUCAUCAGUCAGAAUAACAUGCCCUGACGGGACAUAA